AUGAAGGUGAUAGUGGAGUGGAUAGAUGGAGGGUUUAGAAUGGAUCCAGAUGAAGUUUUGAAGAAUAGUUCAGAUGGUUUAGAGAGUUCGAAUGAGCGAGAAGGUGUAACCAGGUUGUCAUGGGGCGAUCUGAGAAUCUCGGAUCUCAAGAAGAUACUAGUUGGAUCUGGCGGCUCUCUAGGGUCUGAUGUCUAUAAAACGUUCAUUACGAAUAUAUGGACAUGGGACUCAUAUGACGGGCUAUUUGACUUUUUCCUUGGUCUUGACAAGUACCUGGUUAGUCCUUUUAAACCGGAAAGCUCGCAGAAUGACGGCGACGAAGACAAUGGUGAUGGUGAUGACGAUGACGAUGAAGAUAAUUAUAAUGGCAACGAGAACGACGACGACAAUGAUAAUGAAUACGAUAGUAACAAUAGAUCUGGUGUUAACAGGGCCAGAGAUAACGCCAAACAGGCCCGAGCACCACGACUGAAAUUGGUGUCUAAUUCAGUGCUAGGGAACUUUUUCCGCAAGUGCUUCCUAGCGUUUGAAAGGCUCGAGUUCGAUAAAAUGUUGGGUUUAUGGCGCGAUUUUGAACAGUUCCGAGAGGAAACUAGAACUAUUUGGGAAGAAAUCCAUCUUAAUAUAUACAAACGAGGCUCAAUAAGAGUCAGAAAGGAAAGCACUCCAUUGAGUGAUAACGAUGAACUCGCUUCAAAUCCGUCUUUCCUGAUUCCUCAGAGUCCGGGUGAAGAAGACCCAUCUGAAAAGUGUAUCCCUGCACUGGCACACUUAAUUAGCGGCGACAAUGACAGAUUUCGCAGCAGUCCACUUGCCAAUAACAAGGAUGGCAAGGACAAUAGCAAUGGUAGCGGUAGUCACUCAAGCCUGAUCAAUAUUAAACUGUCUGAUGAAACUAUGGAAGCUAUUUUCGAAAAUCAAGUCGACCAGUUUCAGAAACACGGUUCGAUUCUACCCAAGCAUGUAGUAUCUGUUAUGGAAGAACUCGUCCGUAUUCAGUCAUUAAAAGGGUCAUUACCGCCAUCAGCAUACUUCCUACAGUACCUUGAAGCCUGUAGAAACCGAGACCACGAAAAGGCUUUUGAGAAUUUACAUAGAUUUUACGAUUAUUCUAUGGACAGUCGAGGCAAGAGCCAUUAUCAAUACGCCCUUUUCACACUGGCAACGCUACAUGCCGAGUUCAACAACUCUUCAGAGGCCAUCCGGGCUGCUCAAGAAGCCAUUGCUGUGGCCCAUGAGAACAUGGAUAUCGCCUGUUUAACUCAGAUCUUGUCCUGGCUCUACAGCUACCUACAAAAUAACCCUCACUGCAGUCUACCUGUAUCACUAGCAUCAAAAGAACAAAUCGGCCAGUUCCUGCUCGCCAAAUCCUGGGACGUCUCACCCCUACUGGCAUCUCUUUCAUUUCAGAAUGACGUUAUCCAGGUGUUAGGCAAUGGCCGGUCUGGACCACCUACUAAUCUCACCAACAUUUUCGAGUCCCUUAUAAAAGCAUCUUUCAUAAACAUUACAACCAAUUCUCCAUUAACCAUGGCCAGUCUAAACCUCGUUCAGUCAACCCUCUGGAACAGAUUGGGUGUAGACGUUGUAUCUGAUAUGUACCUCGACAACUGUCUCACUCUAACCACACCAGCUAACCCCAGCUCGUCUCUUCACUUGGGUAAUUCGUCGGCAUACCUCCAAGCAGCCUGUAUCAAAGCACACAAACUACUUUUACAGGGUCACGUAACAAAAUCAUUCGACCUGCUCAACUCUUUAAAACCCCUGGCAGACCGAUCAAUCGCCUAUCAACAGAUCUGGCUCCCGAACGCCCUUAUUCUCCACAUCUGGCACGCUCUCAAAGAAAACCGACUGGCUCAAGUCGAUAUAUACAUCCAAAGACUGACCGGACUGUUCAUCGCCAGUCCCUACAUCACCCACUCGGCCCAACUUGCUGAGAUCGAGCUCGACCUUCUCAGCGGAAACACAUCCCGAGCCAUCGACAAAACCGUCAAGUAUGUCGAAACGUCCAACGACCCCAACACCGACAUCCUCUUCCAACUCCAGUACAUGAUCCGGCACAUUCGAGCCCUCUGCAAAUCAGGACGACCCACUCGAGCCUUCUCCAUCACACUCCGCUGCUUCCAAAUGGCCCAGAGAAGUGCUCUCGUACCCGCUGUCCUCGAAUCUCUCAUACUCCUCACCACCAUCCUCAUCAGCCGUCAAGACCACCGAGACGCUCUGUCCAUUCUCGACACGCUGGUGCCAAAAGUAAGUGCUUGCGACGCUGCCUCCGGCGGCUGGGGCUGCACCCCAGACCCCGCUGCUCCUCUCGCUUCGCUCGAGUCGUUGCGUGGGGGGUUCCCUUCUGGAAAACUAACAAGAAUACAGGUGCUGGAGUGUGGAUAUGUGUCACUUGUGAGUGAAGUUUAUGAGAAUAUGGCUGGUGCGACUGUCGGGGUGGCAUCAGGCGAGCCUGAAGACGUGGCCAAAGUGCUCUACGAGAGAGCCUUCAGAUACACCGUCGAGGCUGCCAAAUGUAAGUACUUUCGGUAUGAGAGACGCUGGACUUGGCUAACGAAAGACAGACUUGGAGCGCGAGAACAACCUCGUCCGGCUGCUGGAAAUCUGCGGCAAGCAGAAGACUCUGGCUCAACUCCUGGAAGACAGAGUCCGAUUAGAAAAGAUAGAAAGCAUCGCAGCCACCCUCGAGGACCAGCUCCACACCAACACCAGCAGAAUCCAAACCGACAACAUCCAUUAAUAACCACCUGGGACCCGAAGCAACGACUCGAGCGAAGCGAGAGGAGCAGCGGGGUCUGGGGCGCAGCCCCAGCUGCCGGAGGCACCAGGCCACAGGGAGUAUCAGUCAUGAAACAAUAA